AUGAUCGUGUCAGAACUCAGUCUGGGCUUGGGCCGUCAUUUUUACUACGUCAGCGACAGCUUCAGUGAUUAUCUCAAAUCCGGGCUCGCCGCGAGCCUCCUGUACACCGCUAGCCUCUUCUCGACCAAGGUCUCCAUUCUCUGUCUUUACAUCAGGAUAUUCUCGUAUCAGGGAGUCCAACUUCUGAGCAAGAUGCUGCUUGCGAUCGUCGUCAUCUCCCAUACGUGGAUUAUCACGAGCAUCCUGACGACUUGCGUUCCUCUUGAUUCCAUAUGGAUCAUUGAGAAGAAACCGUCAUUCUGUCACAGUUUCAACGUCUUCUGGGCUAACGCCGGCCUCAAUAUGGCUACCGAUCUUUUAAUUUUCCUUCUACCCCUUCCUGUAAUAUUCAAGCUUCGACUGCCUCGACGUCAGAAGUACAGCCUGUAUUUCGUCUUUCUCCUUGCUUUUGGCGUCUGUGUCAUCUCUGUCGUUCGCCUGACGAAUCUCUUGAAGCACGAAGACCCGUUAUACUUCUUCAUGGACGUUACCUGGACCGCCGUCCCGAUCGCCAACCUAAACUGCAUCGAAGUGCACACGGCCAUCGUUUGCGCCUGCCUCACGACCAUCAAGCCUUUACUGGUGCAAUGGUUCCCCUUCUUGCUGUCCUCUCGGCCACCGGCGAGCCCAAUGACAUAUCCCGUACCACGCUACGACAGACCUCUCACGAUCGGCACUCAGAUCACGCGACAUAUUCGACCUCCCCGUUACUCCUUUGUCAGUUCAGUCCACACGAGUGACUUUAAAUACGAUACCACCGACGAGGGCGACAGCCAACUUCAGCUCCCCAUCUUUGCGCCAGGCGACGGGGAUGGCCGGUUUGGGGGCAACAAUAGCUACCAUCUGGUGGAUCUUGAAAGAGACGGGAGCCUUCAAGACGAAAGGGGAUCUUCUUCGAGGCCAACCAGCUCGAGACCAUCUAGCUGGCCAAUACAGUCAUUGCCGCCACGGGCGAUUACACCAGAAUGGCCACUCAAGUCACCAACGUCACGCAGCGGGUUGAUCGAGGAGCGAGAAAGCGAAGAGAUUAUUGCGGUGCCAGAAAUUACCUAUUUACGAGAGGGCCGUCUUUCUCAUGAAGUCUUGCAAGAAUAUGGCCAUGCAAGAACAAACAUGCACGGAUGGAUUUGA